AUGCCGUCUGCCUCCGACGCAAUGCCACAUCUCUUCCGCGUCUGGAGCGACUCGUCGAACGGCAUCAACAGCCGCACCACUUUUGCGCCCCAGGCAGCAAAGACGGUUUCUACGAGAUACGUACCUCCAAUCUUCUCACCGGAAAUGGGGAAGCAGCUCAAGGUUGCUGUAUCGGGGAAGCACACCACAGACCAUGAGCCCAACCCAUUCGUCUUCGUCACGACGUCGCUUCUGCUAGCCCUGCAGCUCGCUCAUUACCGCGAAAGUCGCUCAGAACGCAACAUCCACAUCACCUGCUUCCACGCAGGUCAAGUUCGGACCCCAUCCGGAGCUCGAGUACGAUUCAGAUGCGUGGGUGAGUUGCUACAAGCAGGAAAGGUCGCACAGCUCGAUAGAAAUAAGGAACCUCGAUUGUUCCCGGCCGAGUAUGCAACGCUGGGCUGCAUUGUGACAGGCGAUAGCGCUAGGACCGCGUCUCUGCAGGAGUUGAAGGACGGUGGAUUGUACAAACUCUAUCCGACUAUCAAGAUGGCCAACGAUAUCAGGGGAAGUGGCUCCAGGGUGAACAUGGAGCUGGACUUGAUCCGAGGCAUGUACUUUCUUGAAACCUCUGCAAUUCGUCCAUGCGGUACAUCGGGGAUCAACCUGGCUGCAAGGCUUGCGGCUAUGUUCAAGGCGAAUGGUGGCGUCGGCGAGAAGGUCGCGGAACAUCUUUUGGCAUGGUUCCUUUCACUCCAGAAGAGAGAUGAUGGCGACAAAGCAGUUAUCUUGCAGUGGCUCGAGAAGAACUCCUUCCCGAGGACAAACAUUCUGGAGCACGACCMAAGCUUCAAGUUCGUCAUCGAUAUGACCACUAUGCCCGAAGUUUUGCAGUUCCACGAGAUCUGGCCAAUAUGUCGCAACCGAACGAUCAGCGAUCGGGUACUACUAGCGCCUGCCGAGAUUCCAGUGAAGCACAACCUGGAGGAGGAGACGGAGUGGCUGGCUUUCGAGGACAUGUCACGCAAGAGACACAAGGAGAUGCGAAGAGCAAGCGAGGAUACUCUUAGAGGUGGCCGCCGUAGCAGAGGACGGAGAGAUUACGACAAAGACGGAAGAGGCGACGACAGGGAUGACAGAGUCGCAAAAAGUCGAGUGGGGCGUCGCGACAAUCGCAGAGGACCGCGCCGUCCACGUCGAUGA